AUGGAGAGAGGAGACCAACCUAAGAGAACCAGGCAGGCCAUCCCUUGUGCCACCAGGCUCUUCCUCCAUCCCAGGGGCUCCGAUACCCUGCCUUUGAAUGAAAACAUUUUCAACUGCUUAUACAAAAACCCUGAGGCAACUUUUAAGCUGAUUUGCUUUCCCUGGAUGGGAGGUGGCUCCACUCAUUUUGCCAAAUGGGGCCAAGAUACUCAUGAUUUGCUGGAAGAGACAGCAUCUCACUAUGUUGCCAAGGCUGGUCUCAAACUCCGGCGCUCAAGUGAUCCUCCUGCUUCAGCCUACCCAUGUGCUGGUGAGCCACCGUGCCUGGCCAAAAUUCUUGGUCUAUUCUGGAUUCUAAUUUUUUUUAUGCACUCCUUAAGGCUUCCUGGAAGAGAAAGCCGAGUUGAAGAACCUCUUGAAAAUGACAUCUCCCAGUUAGUUGAUCAAGUUGUUUGUGCUCUGCAGCCAGUCAUCCAGGAUAAACCAUUUGCAUUUUUUGGCCCCAGUAUGGGAUCCCACAUUGCUUUUAGGACUGCACUAGAUCUAAAAGAAAACAAUCAACCAGAACCAUUGCAUUUAUUUUUGUCAAGCGUAACUCCGGUACACUCAAAGGCCUGGCAUCGCAUUCCCAAAGAUGAUGAAUUGUCAGAAGAACAAAUAAGUCAUUACCUUAUGGAAUUUGGAGGCAUCCCCAAGCAUUUUGCUGAAGACAAGGAAUUCAUGAAACAAUAUAGUCCCAUCAUAAGGGCAGAUCUGAACAUUGUUAGAAGUUGCACCUCUAAUGUACCAUCUAAGUCUGUUCUUUCUUGUGACUUGACAUGUUUUGUUGGAUCUGAAGACAUAGCAAAGGACAUGGAAGCCUGGAAAGAUGUAACCAGUGGAAAUGCUAACAUUUACCAGCUUCCAGGGCGUCACUUUUAUCUUCUGGAUCCUGCCAACGAGAAAUUAAUCAAGAACUACAUAAUCAAGUGUCUAGAAGUAUCACCGAUAUCCAAUUUUUAGAUAUUUUCCCUUUCACUUUUAAAAUAAUCAAAGUAAUAUCAUACUCUUUUCAGUUAUUCAGAUGUAGCUCAGUUUUAUUCAGAUUGGAAAUUACACAUUUUCUACUGUCAGGGAGAUUCGUUACAUAAAUAUAUUUACGUAUCUGGGGACAAAGGUCAAGCCAGUAAAGAAUACUUCUGGCAGCACUUUGGGAGGCCAAGGCGGGUGGAUCACGAGGUCAGGAGAUAGAGACCAUCCUGGCUAACACCGUGAAACCCCAUCUCUACUAAAAAUACACAAAAUUAGCCGGGCGUGGUGGCGGGCACCUGUAGUCCCAGCUACUCGGGAGGCUGAGGCAGGAGAAUGGUGUGAACCUGGGAGGUGGAGCUUGCAGUGAACCGAGAUCGCUCCACUGCACUCCAGCCUGGGUGACAGAUCCAGACUCUGUCUCAAAAAAAAAAAAAAAAAAAAAAUACUUCUGGAAGAGUCUUUUAUCUUCCUAUUAAAAUCUCACUUGAUUCUCCUUUAUGGGAAGUUUGUCGACAAAAUUCAUGAUUAGUAAAUUAUCCAUUUUUUCCUUCAGUUAGUUUAAUGGUGAAGAUGAUUAACAGGGGAAAUGCUUGAAAUAAAUGAUUGUUUGAAUGGCAUACAGUGUCUCAAAGCUUGAUCUCAUUUUUUCAAAUGUAGAAUAGCCCCACAUAGUGAGAAAAUGUAACCUACUGCUUUGUUAAAAGAGAGCCCAAAAUAAUUAUUGUCACCUGUGCAGGCAAGUCCUCAGAAUGCCUAUACCACACCCCUCUAAGGAGUUUAUUCUACACCACUUACUGGGGGGCUCUGCCACCCUGGCAUG